CCCACCCCGACUACGCCUCGAUAUUCUGUCCAUAAAAGUUACAAACAGGAUUGGUGACAAAGCGCAGCCCUGUAGUCUAUAGUAUAGUAUACCUGGAUUGCUGCUGCAGGUACACUGUAGCACAAGUUUUCUGUAAACGUACCUGGCUAACUAGCUACUACAGCUAGCUAACACUACAACGACAUUAACAAACAGCUUAGUUGUUAAGCCGGCAUAAUUUCUGGAGCACCGUCAUCAUUUCUGGACAAGGAUCUCAGGGAAGCUUAUUUAACUUCUUUACAAAGCAGAUAACUAAAAUCACUGAAAAUGGAACAUUUAGAAUGAAUGACUGGGAAUGACGUGUCUGUAGAAAGAGAACAAAGCCUAAACAAUUGGGUUGUGUCUGUAGCAACCAAAACAUGAGAGAGCUCAAAUUCACACAUAAAAUAUGUAAACAUAAAUGAAAACACAUUCUGUCUAGUGGUAAACAUAGCACAAAAAUGUUUUGAUUAGGGGGUUCUGAGUACAGCUGAGCAGAGGGGGGAGAAAGAUAAUGGACGGAUGAACACGCCAUGUUACUGUCGAUCAAAACUAAAAGUGCCUGUCGAAUCUCAUUAUCUGUGCUGAAACCACAACAGAGGGUGUCAGCAGUAUCACCAGCACCCCUACUUCCCACUGCUGUGCUAGGAAAGGUUUGCUUAAGUUGUUGUUUUUGGCCACUGGGGUAUAAGACGGAUAAACAGCUCAGUACAUUGCCUCUGAGUAACGAACUCCAAGAAGGGGGUGGAGUGUAUAUCUUACAUAUGUAAACAUUUAGUCACCUCAGAAGUACUCAAUUGUAAAGAUAUUUACUAUGAAUUGACACAAAGCACGAUUUAACAAGACAUUUGAUAAAAUGUAAAAGUUAUAUAAUAAAAUUAUUAAAAAACUGAAUCAGAUUGAGGACAGUUUGAUUUAUACUCUUUUCAAAUUUGUUUUGAUUGUCCAUGAUCUCAGGUGCAGCAGUGGGUCCCAAUGGCAGAAGUGAAGAUGGCAUGACCACUCAGACUCAUUUCUGACAACGAGGAAGAUUAUGAUUUUAAUUUCUGUACUGCUGACCAACUUGGAAGAGUGUAAGCAACGCAGUCUUUAUGUGGGUGUGGUGAGGACAGAAAACAAACUGGUUUGACUAAGAAUUAACUUCAGUUACAAGUAUCUAAAGAAUUUCAUCAUGGCUGACCGAGGCCAAAUGGAGAAUGAAGGGGAUGAAAAUUCAACUUACCUGCCAACUGAGAUCAGGGAUUGGAGUAAACAUCAUGUGAAACACUGGGCUCUGAAUAUGGCUUGUGUAGAAGGUGAAUGUGCAGACAUCCUUCUUCAGCAGAACAUUAAUGGCCCCAGUCUUUUACUUUUAGAGAAAUCCGAUUUACUAGAGGUGGGUGUCACACUGGGGCCGGCAAAAUUGAUUAUUCACAAGAGGGAUGAACUUUUGAAACUUAAGAAAGAGCAGUUGAUUAACCCAACAUCAAAUCAGUCUGGGAGACCCUGCAAGCCCUACCCUUUUCAUCGACACCAUGAUGCCUGCAGAUACAAGGUGAACAGCGUUCUUGAUGUAACAGAAUCAGGUGCAUCUGAUUAUAUCGAACCCUGUCAUGAAUAUAAAGGAUACAUCAAUACAUCAGAAGCCACUGCAGAGAACAAAAUGAAAAAGUUUACUGACGAGGUUAUUAGAUUUGCUGCAGCCUGCAUGAAUAGCCGUACAAAUGGCACCAUACAUUUUGGAGUGGGUGACAAGCCAGAAUUUAUCCAUGGUCAAGUUUUGGGAGUGAGUGUCCAAGACAAAGAGGCAUACGUCACUGCACUGCCACAAGCCAUUGAGGGUCAUUUUGAGCACAAACAUAUCCCGGCGGCCAAGAUGUGCAUCAAGCCACCUCGGUUUGUUGAGGUUCUCAAUCCUGACAUGACAUCAACAGAGAAGUUUGUGAUAGAGGUGGACAUCGUGCCAGAGUCUGAAAUCUGUAAAGAGAACAUCUAUCACAUUUUCAGUUUAGAUACCAGGAAAUCAAAGAAGAAAGUCAAAAGCAAAGAAACAGAAAAAGAAGAAAUGAAAAGGCUCUUCAUUCGUGACCACAGUAGCAGCAGGGAUCUACUUGCACCCACUACUUUUGCCAAGCCGUUAGAAGAAUACAAUCGAUUUCUUGACAGUGUGUCUCAGUUGUCACUGUUAAGAAAACAAGCAGAGGAAAAGCACCUUCGUGUAGUUAAAAGUAGUGUCCAGGGAUCCAGACUAAGCGAAAUGAUAACGGGCGGAUCCCAAUCCUUAGAUAAGUCCAACUAUGAGAGGUAUGUGAUAGUGACCAACAAAUCACAUUUAGUUCAGUUGGAAUCCCUGGAAUUUCUUCUUGAACUCAACCCAACUGCUGUCUUGGACUUUGACCCAGAGACGACAAAAAGUGGAUUGAAAAAGCAUUUUGAAGAUAAGAGUACCAUAAAUGUCCACUUGCCAGUAAAAUAUAAAAUCACAGAGGCUGUUGAGGAUAUAGCUUGUAAGCUAAAACUGACUCGAAACAUCAGCUGGAUCCUCUGCAAUGGGGGUAUUGAAAGAGAGAUGCCCUCUGAGGUAGAUGACUGGUUGAUAGAGAAGGGAGCGUCUGUACGAGAUGUUAUUUCAUUCCUGUGUCGGAAAGAUGUGCUUCCACACACAAGAUUCUUGGUUGUUUUCUUAUUGCUCUCUACUGUAAGUGAGAAAAUGGACCCUCUGCUUGAGACUUUCAGCAUAUUCUGGCAGGAGCUCAGAGGAACAGAGCAAAUCCUUUGCAUUUGUGAAAAUGAAGAUGCAUUCACCUGUUGGAAGGACUUGAUUGAAACCCGCUAUGGAUUAGACAUUAAGAAAAGGUCGAUCUAUGAGCUUAGCUUUGCUGAGGUUAAUGGCACCAUCCUCAGCCUGUUGUCAGACAACCGUAAAUCCAGCCGCUUCUUACCCUGUGGCGGAGGCAGCAAAGUGAUGCUCAAAAAGAAAGUGGAGACCAGCCUGGACACCCUGAAUGUUCUGUGUGUGAACCAGUGUGAGGGAGGUAAUGAAGACAAAUCCCUCAUAGAGGAGACGUUCUACAAAGGAGGAAAAGUCUCGUGGUGGAACUUUUAUUUUUCUGAACAGCCAGGAUCCAUGCCAUUCAUCAAACGGGACAAGUUUGACUUCAUCGUGGACACCAUCCUACCUCUGUUGAAUUCUUUGAGAAAGGCUUGUGUGUCCUUCAACCUUUUCCAUCUUACAGGAUGUGGUGGAACGACACUUGGCAUGCAUGUACUAUGGACGCUGAAAGACAAGUACCGUUGUGCUGUUCUAAAGGACAGAACUGCAGAUCAUGCAGUUGUUGCAGAGCAAGUGGUUAAUUUACUUAUGUAUGAAACAACUGAGCAGUCGUCCCGGAUUCCUGUGUUGCUGAUGCUAGAUGACUUUGAGGAGAUGGAGGAUACAUAUGAUUUGCAAAUGCUCAUUGAGAAAGAAUGUGUCAAGAGGAAAAUUGGAUCGAAGUCGCCACAGGUCAUUCUACUAAACUGCAUGAUGACUGAAUUUUGGGAAAAGGCUGAAUCAACUGAAGAUGCCGUGUUCAUUGGAAAUAACCUCUCUGAAAUGGAGCAGAGGCAGUUUGAGAAAAAACUGGAGGAGAUUGAGAAGACCUACAAAAAUGCAGACACAUUCUAUGCUUUCAUGAUCAUGAAGAAAAACUUUGCCCCUGAAUAUAUACAGGGUGUGGCUCGCAACACCCUUAAGAGCUUCAGUAUACGUCACAAACAGGCACAGCUCAUUGCUGUUUUGGCCCUGUUAAAUGUCUACUGCAAAGGUGCAACCCUCUCCGUCUCUCUCUGUGAGGAGUUCCUUGACCUCCAGGCAAAGCCACAUUGUGGAUCCUCUGAUGUUAAGGCUGGAUUUGGGAAAUUUUCCACGUUAGUGACGUGUUGCACAGAGGAGGGCACCGUUGUAUUCGAGGCUGUCAGAAUGAUUCACUCAAGCAUGGCUGAGCAUUGCUUGCGGGAGCUUACAAGCACAUACAGUGUAACCAAAGCUGAGAUUACUGAUUUACUGCUAACCACAGAGAAGUUUUACGAGUGCAUACAAGGCAGGGACAAACUCAAAAAAGAUGUUCACACCAUGUUAGUCAAAAGACAACACUUGGUCAAGGGUGAAGAUUCCCAGUUCUCACCACUCAUCCAGGAUAUUUCAAAGGAAACACCAGGUGUUGAAGAAAAUGUGUUAUUCAACGCAGCCAAGCGGUUUGAAAAAGAUGCUAUUAUCUUUCAGCUUCUUGCCAGAUACCAAUAUCUGAAAAAAAGGGAUUUCAGAGAGGCAAAGGAUUGGGCAAAAAAUGCCAAAGAGCUUUCGAAGGAUAACUCCUACAUUUAUGACACAUCUGCACAAGUGAUCAAGCAUGAGCUAAAGAGUGAAAUACAAAGUGACAAAGAAGAUCUCAUAAAACCUGAGAAAUUGAAAGACUAUCUUAGAAUGGCCCAGUCAGCAACAGAGUCUUUCAGGGAAACACAGGUCAUUGCAAAAAAGGAGGCUACUCUGAGGAUACAAAACAAGAGAGACAACUCUCCUUACAAUACUGCAGGGUGCCUUGGUGAAAUUCAGGUUGCAGUCAUCAUCAUUGAAAUACUGGAGAAGAUUCCAGUGUUUUCUUCAGGCAAUGUCCGUCAUGACAUUUUGAGUGAAGUUCUCUCUGGCAGAACUACAAUACAAAAGGUUAAAAUGAAUGAUUCUAAAGUCAGCAAACAUGCCUCGUAUUACCACAUUCUCCAGGAGUUUGACGAGCUUCUGCAUAGUCUCAGAUAUAACAUGAAGAAGCACUUUGAUUUUCUUGACAACUUUCAUGUCAACUUAAGUCACAGGUUCACCCUGAAAGACAGCCGAGAAGAAAGAACUCAACAGGAACUCUUCCGAUGCUUUCAGCGUUACAGUGAACUAUUCUGCAAAAUGGACUCCACAGAAUUGAUGAAAAACAAGAACCUUAGCAUCAAGCUCCAAAUUCACAAAGGAAGACAAUUUUUGGAAAUGAAAAAAGCUGAUACUCACUCUGGGAUUCUAAACUGCCUCUCCAAUGGUACCCCAGCUGACAUAAUGGUGGAGGUAGUACGAAAGUAUGCCUUCAUUCUAAGUCACACUCCUGAAUCUGACAGAAGUGUUAGAGAUAAGGUCAACUUAAUCUAUGCCAAUGUUGUGCUAAGCUGUGUCAAACCUGAAUCUCAACACCUUCGCCCUUACAAACUCCUCAUUGAUCUUCUUUGCAAAGUUCUUCAAGGGCAGAUACCAUAUGGGGAGUCCUUGGCAUUGUAUUUCAUUGCCGUUGCAAUGAUGUGGCCAACAGAGAUUGUUAUGUCGCAGCCUGUAGAGUCUCAGAAGGUGGCAAUCUAUGUGUCACAGAUGAGGACAUCAUUCUGGAAUGAGAUGAAAUCUGUGUUUAAUGGCAAGUCACCUGUUGUUCAUUUCUUCCUGGGAAAGAAGCAGGGCUAUGCGCAUCUGGUCCACCUUAGGGAAAUUGAAAGGUGUGUAAGCUCAAAGGAAAACUUUGCUUCACUAUGGCAAAAUGGCAAAAUAUGGAAGCACGAGCGAGUCAAGGAGCUCCUUUGCCGUGUGACAGGAGAGGUACAAAGGAAAUACAUUUUAGUGGAUACCAGGAAUGUUGGCUCAAAGAUCGAACUCAUUCCAAUGAACAAAAGCCAGCUUUGUGGGAAAUUGGAGGGAGCCAAAGUUUCAUUUGUCAUUGGUUUCUCAAUGAAGGGGCCACUAGCUUUUGACAUAUAUUGAUCAUAAGAUAGGCCUAUUUGAUGCAAAAAAAAUGAAUCCUGGAAGAUCUAUAAAGUAUUUCUUUUUCUUAACUUUUUAAAUAAGGUUUUAUGGCUCAGAUUGAUUUAAUAGCACUAUUGUGAAUUUUACAUUAAAAGCUAAAAAUGGAGCCAACAUGUGCAUCAUUUAACUUGAAAGUGCUCUCCAUGAAUGUGGUGACCUUGCAUUUAAAAUCUUUUAUACAAGCAUGACCACAUCGAAUACCAGCAAUUAACAGAAAUCCUUAAAGUUGGCUCACUAUUCAAACCUUUAAGCAUGAUCUAACCUGUGUUUUUGUCACAUUUAUUGCAAUAGCAUACAUAAAAUCCCAGAAUAUACCAUCACAUUAAGUAAAAUAAUGUUCAAGUUUAAAAACUAGUAAGGAAAUAUUCCAUUUGAUUCCAUUUGGUUUUACUAUGUUGUAUUACUUCAUGCAUUCCACCUAUAAUUUACUGUAUGUACUGUUAUAUUGUCAUAUUUGGUUUUAAUGUAUAAUGUAUACAUUUUGGAUUUUAUGUUUUUACUCUUAUAUUGUUUUAGUUUGCACUAUUUCUUAAUGAAUUCCACUUUUCAUUUACUGUUUUUUACUGUUCUAUUGUUUUAUUUGGUUUUACCAUGUACUUUUACUUAUUUCAUGCAUUCAGCUUUCCAGUUAAUAUUUGGACUAUUAUAUGGUUUUAUUUGGUUUUUACCUUGUCCUGUUACUUCAUGAAUUCCACUUUUCAUUUACUGUUUGUACUGUUAUGUUGUUCUUUUUGGUUUUACCUUUUACCCUUACUUACAUCAUGCAUUCCAUUUCUAGUUUACUGUUUAAUUUGGUUUUAUCAUGUACUUUUACUAGUAGAUGCAUUCAAAAGUUGAUUUGAUAUUUUAGGGUUUGUUUUUAAAAUUAUAUUGCUAUAAUGUCUUAAAAUGUAUUUGGGCACUCCAGCUUUUAACUUAAAAAUGUGUUCUUUAUUAUGUCUCUAAAUGCACUGAUGUAUGUGACAAAAAGUUUGUUUAAAUAACCCCUAAACACUAUUCUAACCAUGGACUAAAUACUGUAAUCAUGUUUCCUAAAAAAUAAAAUGUUCUGAAGUAAAUGCCCCUAUUUAAUAUGUCGAUAUUAGGUGUAAGUUCAUGCAUGCAAGAACUAUAAUUAUACUGUGUAUUGAUGAAAUUACUUUGCUACAAGUCAUGAUAAAUUCCACAGACGGAACAACCAGCCAUUAGUUUAACCCAGAGGUAACUCCCAUAUUUUUCAUUCUGUACUUGCCAAAAUCUUUUGUGAAUUUGACACAAAAUUAUACA